AUGGAUCAAUACCAUUGUACAUUUUCAGAGUUGGGCAGUGAUGGGUGUAUCAGCAAGUUCUUGUGGAAUCAAGGCGGUGGUGGGGGCCAGUACGGGAAACCAUGGAGCGAACACUUGCCCACAGAUACUCAGUUGGUGAUGCACAUGUUCUGCACGUACCUGGAUUCCCGGCUUCCCCCAGACCUAAGGUACCCCGAUGCGAAAACGUUCACCAGCCAACACUUCCUUAAGACUCCAGACAAACCUAACCUUGAGAAGGAUAACUUACUGCUAUACAAGACCAGCAUUAACCCACCACAUUUCCAAGUGGUCAUUAAAGACACUGUGUUCAACCUGCCCAAGGGUAGAAACAACAUGUUCCAUGCCAUCCUGUUUUUCCUGUACCACAUACAGCACAAGGAAAAUGGAAUGUUAGAGUAGGCUUACUUGGCUGUUGAUUUUUUAUGUGCUUCAUUUAAAGGAGAGUGAAUCUUGGAAUGUCUGGGGUCAACCUACUAUGUGUCCAGGAAAAAUGAAUGGGUGCUUACGAUCAUUGGACCUUUAAGGGAGAUAACUCUUUACUUGGUUAAAGGGGAUAACUCUCGACAUGGUAUUAGUGUUUGCCUGUUUAAUGGUGGGUAAGGUUACAUACCAUCUUUUAUGACCACUUGACCUACGAGAUAUUGUGAAAAAGUGUAAAGAAAAGGGCGAACUAGUUUGACAUUAGUGAACAACAAGUUUAAAACAAGUGAAGGGAUGUUACUCACUGGAAGAGUAUUAUUGCUCAGGGGACAAGUAAAUAACAUAACUAAAAAUGAAAUAUGCAAGAAAAGCAUGGUGUGUAGAAGCGAUGAUGAACUCUGAAUAAAAGACUGCAAUGUAUGGAAAGAAACGACAGAAUUAUAUUAUAAUGAGCAAUUAUCCUCUAGUACAAUGUACAACUUUUAUUAGUACAUAAGAAAGGUUAUAGAGAUAUAAGAAUACACAUAGAACUGUUAUUAUGACAUUAUUGCCUUAAUGUAUGUGUAUUGAUUUGUGCUCUGUGUACAAUGACUGAGAUAAAAAAGAAUGUUCAAUUACGUUCAGAAAGGAUAAGUUUUUAGUUCGACUAUUCGAAGAAUAGGUGGGCUAUACUACUCGCCCCGGCGUCGGCGUCUGGUUAAAGCUUUAGGGCAAGUUGGGAUUUUCACUUAUAAGUCCAAUACCCUACAUUCAAUUGACUUAAUACUUCACACAGUUGUUAAGGGCCAUCACAUGAUGAGGUUAGAUAACUCCAUAUUAUUCUUUACACAGAUUAUGGCCCCUGAUUGACUAUGGAACUUAGGUUAAAGUUUUAGGGCAAGUUGGAAUAUUUAUUAAUAACUUCUAUAUCCUUUGUUCAAUUGACUUAAUACUUCACAGAGUUGUUCAGGACCAUCACACAAUAAGGUUACAUAACUCCAUAUUAUCCUAAAUACAAGUUAUGGCCCCUGAUUGACUUAGGUUAAAGUUUUAGGGCUGGUUAAAGUUUUAGGGCAAGUUGGAUUUUCACUUUAAACUCCAAUACCAUUCAUUCAAUUGACUUAAUACUUCACACAGAUGUUCAGAGCCAUCACAUAAUGAGGUUAGAUAACUCCAUAUUAUCUUUUAUACAAAUUAUGGCCCCUGAUUGACUUAGGUUAAAGUUUUAGACAAGUAAAAGUUAAGGGCAAGUUGGGAUUUUAAUAAAAAAACUUCUAUACCGUUCAUUAAAUGCACUUAAUAAAAUUCAAAAUUAUUUGCGACCAACUUACAACAAGAAACAUAACUCCGUUUUAAGCCUAAAUACAAAUUAUGGCCCUUGAUUUUUUUUUUGAUUUUUUUUUAAAUUUCCUUUGAAAGGCAUAUUUGUAUAUUCUAAACAACAUUUUCAUAAUGGGAAAUCAAGUAAUUUGAAUGACUUGGGUCAUUGUUUGGGCGGGCUGGUGGGAGAGCAGCAUCAAAGUCACCUUAUGUAUCAAAUAAUUUUAGUUAGGUUUGACAUAAAGAGACCAAACUUGGUAUUAUUACAUCGUGUUUGUAUUCUAGUCAAAGCGGCGUAGUCGAGCGCGCUGUCUUACGAGGGCUCUUGUUAUUAUUAUGCUACAUUGUAUCAUAGUCAUCAUUUAGUGUUUUAUGACUGUAAACAUGAAUAAAAAUGUGUGAC